ACGAGUGAACAUCGGGUCCUGUUGGCAAGAGCAGGGAGUAGAGUGAUUUACAAACAUCGUGGAAGAAUGUACGAGGAAAUGAUAGAACUGGUGAUCUCAGCCAGCCUCACAGCCAGCAGUGACCGCCGGGAAACCCUGACGCGGAGCAGCCACAGCGCCGAGGAGGGGGCGCUCAGUGACACAGAAGGCAUCACCAGAUCAGCCCCUCCGAGUGUGUCCCAGCUCUUUGCAAGGCCUCUCCCGUGUGUCCCCCCCAGCCAGCCUUCCGCAACCAUGGCAGCCUACGGCCAGACGCAGUACAGCGCGGGCAUUCAGCAGGCGCCACCCUACACAGCUUACCCACCUCCAGCACAAGCCUACGGGAUCCCUUCUUACAGCAUCAAGACAGAAGACAGUUUGAACCACUCUCCGAGCCAGGGUGGGUUCCUGAGCUAUGGGUCAAGCUUCAGCACCACGCCCGCUGGACAGAGCCCUUACGCCUACCAGAUGCACAGUGCAGCUGGGCUCUAUCAAGGUGCAAACGGAUUGAGCAACGCCGCUGGAUUCGGAAGUGUGCACCAGGAUUAUCCCUCCUACCCCGGCUUCCCUCAGAGCCAGUUCCCUCAGUAUUACAGCUCAUCCUACAGCCCUCCCUACGUCCCAGCCGGAAGCAUCUGCCCUUCACCCCUCUCCACGUCCACCUACGUCCUGCAAGAGGCCUCGCACAGUGUCCCCAACCAGAGCUCAGAGUCCCUAGCCGGUGAGUACAGCACACACAACGGACCCUCCACACCGGCCAAAGAGGGAGACACAGAGCGGCCGCAUCGCGCCUCCGACGGGAAGCUCCGGGGACGAUCAAAGAGGGGCAGUGACUCCUCCCCAGCAGGGGACAAUGAGAUCGAGCGCGUGUUCGUGUGGGACUUGGAUGAGACCAUAAUUAUUUUUCACUCCUUGCUCACGGGGACUUUUGCAUCCAGAUAUGGAAAGGACACCACGACCUCAGUGCGCAUCGGCCUGAUGAUGGAGGAGAUGAUCUUCAACCUCGCGGACACGCACCUGUUCUUCAACGACCUGGAGGACUGUGACCAGAUCCACGUGGAUGACGUCUCAUCAGAUGACAAUGGCCAAGAUUUAAGCACAUACAACUUCUCUACUGACGGCUUCCACAGCGCAGCGCCGGGAGCCAGCCUGUGCCUGGGCACGGGGGUGCACGGUGGCGUGGACUGGAUGAGGAAGCUGGCCUUCCGCUACCGGCGGGUGAAGGAGAUGUACAACACUUACCGCAACAACGUGGGUGGCUUAAUCGGUGCUCCCAAAAGAGAGGCGUGGCUACAGCUGCGUGCUGAGCUGGAAGCCCUGACAGACCUCUGGCUCACGCACUCCCUAAAGGCACUUAACCUCAUCAACUCACGGCCCAACUGUGUCAACGUGCUGGUCACCACCACACAACUGAUCCCCGCGCUGGCCAAGGUCCUGCUGUAUGGUCUGGGCUCCGUGUUCCCCAUUGAGAACAUCUACAGCGCCACCAAGACAGGCAAGGAGAGCUGCUUUGAAAGAAUCAUGCAGAGGUUCGGCCGCAAAGCCGUCUACAUCGUGAUCGGCGAUGGAGUGGAAGAGGAGCAAGGAGCCAAGAAGCACAACAUGCCUUUUUGGCGGAUCUCCUGCCACGCCGACCUGGAGGCCCUGCGACACGCCCUGGAGCUGGAGUAUUUAUAGCAGCGUUGCCCCGCCGCCUGCUGGUCACCAUUUCCAUAAAAGCCCGUCACCCAGAUGCCGGACCCCCACCUCCCCACCCCCCGGGAAGCAAGGGCACUGCAUCCAAGGGAUUCAUCCCACGGCCAUCGGAGAAGUGUCCUGCGUCCCAGAGGAGAGUCCUCUUUCCCUGGGGAAGGAGUCUAGGCUCUCUCAUGAGACUCUAGAGCCCAAGAGAGGAAGAGCGGGCUGGGGAGGGCCGGGGGAGCGGUGUGCCCUGGUCGCUUUUUAAUUUAUGGACUGAUCUCAUUGCUGGCGUUUGCUCUGGGCCCCGUGCGGCCCAGUGACCCGGCUCGGUCUGGUUUGGGGUUUUGCACUGGCUGUGGGGUGGUACACAGUUGUCACUGAAGCUUGUGCUGUGGGGACAACCGUUCUCCGGGCGUCUGUAAGGGAGGCCAGGUGGGGCUGUGGGAACUGUCACUGACACUCGCUUUCCAAGCCCCUCCCCGAGGUCCCGUGGACACGGGGUGCCUUAGGCCGCCCCGUCUGUUUUGUAGGAAGAGGGGGACACUGGGAAGAAAGCGGUACUUUGGGAUGGAUAAAGGCAUUAAAUAAAACCACGUUUACAUUUUGAA